CCCCCUCCGCCCGGUCCUGCGCAGGCCCGCCAGCCCGCUCCCCGCGCCCCGCCGGCCAUGGUGAACCUGGGCCUGUCCCGGGUGGACGACGCCGUGGCUGCCAAGCACCCGGGACUCGGGGAGUAUGCCGCGUGCCAGUCGAACGCCUUCAUGAAGGGCGUUUUCACCUUUAUCACAGGCACCGGGGCGACCUCUGGCCUGCAGAUGUUCAUUCAGAGGAAGUUUCAGUACCCCUUUCAGUGGAACUUGCUGAUGGCGGUGGUCGCAGGCUCAGUGGCCAGCUACUGGGUGACGCGAGUGGAGUCGCAGAAAUGCAGCAACCUCUGGCUCUUCCUGGAGACGGGGCAGCUCCCCAAAGACGCAGGCACAGAUCGGCACAGCUAGGAGAGCUCCAGCCGGCGCAGAAGAUCUGGGGCCGGAGAGUUCUAGAACACAGCCCACAGCGUCUCCACACCCCAGGCUUCCCCACACACAUAGGCCCUCCCCACACCCUAAGGUGCCCCAACUGUAUCCCCUGCACACAUGCAUGACCAGGUCUGCCAGACCCAUGCAGACUGCUCUUGUCCCAAGCCUGGGCCCUGCCCCGGAGGUCAGACCAGAAAGGGCAGCGAGAAACAUAGUGGACAUGGGGAGCCAGAGAGGAUCGGAGAGGAGAGGAUCAUGGCCUGUCUCAUGCAUGCGUUUGGGGGCAGCAGCUCGGGGGCGCAAGGUGGAGGGGACUUCUGCACCUCUGGUGCUCUGACACUCCCUUUCUGGCCCCCGCACCCCCCACAGUCAGAGGUGACAGCUGCUGCUGGGGGUUGUGGGACUAAUAAACGCCCUUGUUCCCACCUGA